AUCGACUGUCAAGUAUAAUGAAAGUAAAAGAACUUGUUCGACAGUUGGAAUUGUUAGCUCCUCUGAAUUUGGCCGAAAGUUGGGACAAUGUUGGCCUUCUGAUUGAGCCUUCUACUGACUCAACAGUUAAGAGGGUCUUAACAACGAUUGAUUUAACUGAACCUGUUCUUGAAGAGGCAAUUACAAAGCAAUGUGAGUUUAUCCUCAGCUAUCAUCCACCAAUCUUCAGCAGUUUCAAGCGGCUACUGCAAAGCAAUGCAAAAGAUAGGAUAGUGAUGAAGUGUAUAGCUAACAAUAUCAGCAUUUAUUCUCCGCACACAUCUUGGGAUAGUAUUGAUAACGGGGUAAACGAUUGGAUCGGAUCUUGUUUUGAUUGUUCAUUAAAAGUACCUAUAACACCUACUCCAUCUGUGUUAAAUGCUGGUAUGGGUCGAAUUAUCACACUAUCAACUCCCUUACCUCUUACUAAAAUAUGUGAUAUUCUCCGAGGCCACUUAGGUAUAAAAUACCUGCGUCUAGGACAUGCAGACCAGGAAUGUUGGGCUAGAAGACUCAAGUCUACAAACCAACAAUAUGACAUUAUCAAAACUAUUGGAAUAUGUGCUGGAUCAGGAGGGUCUCUCCUGAAGGGUGUUGACACUGACCUCUACAUCACUGGUGAGAUGUCACAUCAUGAGGUGUUAGCAGUGAUUGCAGAGGGGCGAAGUGUGCUGCUGAGCGAACACACUCACACUGAGAGAGGGUUUUUAGUGUCGGUAGUGAAGAUGCUUCAUACUGAAGUCGAGGGUGGGGUGGAGUUUAUAGUUUCUGAGGCAGAUUGUAAUCCUAUUGAAACUAUUUGAUUGUUGUGUGGUAUCUUUUAACAUCUUGUAUUAUUUUUCCUACAUUAUUGAUAUGAUGUUUUGUAAGUAACAUGGUUCCUGUUAUUUUAGAAGCGUUUCCAAUAAUGCUUCAAAAAGUAUAACUUA